AAUUUCAGGCUUAACGUUUUCAGGUGACUCCAUGGCUCCUCCGAAAACAAAACCAGCCACGCAAAAGGCUCUUAGUGCUAAAAAGAAGGUCGCUAGGGGUAAUAAGCUUGUACAUAAAAAGAAAAUCCGCACCUCUGUUCACUUUCGUCGUCCAAAGACCUUGAAGACUCCACGAGCGCCCAAAUAUCCGCGUAAAUCAGCUCCUGCACGCGGUAAAUUGGACACAUUUGCUAUCAUCAAGCAUCCGCUCACCACCGAGUCGGCUAUGAAGAAGAUUGAAGACCACAACACUCUCGUAUUUAUGGUUGACGUCAGGGCAAACAAAUACCAGAUUAAAAAUGCAGUAAAGAAGCUCUAUAACAUUGAUGUGCAGAAGAUAAACACUUUGAUCACUCCUCUUCUGGAAAAGAAGGCGUACAUUCGUCUCACGAGCGAUUAUGACGCCCUAGAUUGUGCCAACAAGAUUGGCAUCAUCUAA